AUGCUCACGGACACGGCCGGCCAAGAAGAAUACCGCGGUCUUUGGGCCGCCUCGAACCUGCAAUCCGACGCUUUCCUCCUCGUCUACGAUAUAACAUCUGCCAACUCGCUCGACGCGCUCGACUACUUCAUGGAGAUGAUAGAAAUGGAGACCGAGAACCGGUUAGACAAUGGCAAGAUACCGCCCAUCAAGUGCGUGGUAGGCAACAAGUGCGAUUUACAGGGCCAAAGACAGGUAGAAGCGAAGACGGGUCUCGAGUGGGCGAGGCGGAGAAAGUGCGGAUUUAUGGAGACGAGUGCGAGGGAGAUGGUCAACAUUGAGGAGACUUUUGCGCUGCUCGUACGUCGUGUAGUAGAAGCGCGGAGACUCACUGCCGGAGACGGCCCUGCGAACCGAACUGCCGCUCUUCCCCUUCAAUCGCAUCCGAACCGCGACCCGAACUCUUCGGCGGCGUAUCUGGAUAAUGAGAAGGAUGAUGAGGACGAGCCCAAAAAGAGUUGGUGGAGGAGGCUGAAGUGCUGGUAG